GUCAUUUUCCUACUCACCCUCUGACAUCAGCCACCUUCUCUGUAGCUACAGUUUCUCUUCACUCACAUUAAUCCCUGGCGAUGAAAAAUGAACCUCUCCCCCACCCGCGCUGCUGCCUUUCGCCUCACGCCCCCAGAGAAGCAUUUCUUCGUGAGGCAGACGGUGAAGGUUUUUUUCCAAGUCACAUGAUCCGGGAUGCAGGGGGAGAAUCCUUCUUGGAACAGAGAUGGGCCCAGAACCGAAUCAGAUGAGGAGAGAUAAGGUGUGAUGUGGGGAAGACUAUAUAAGAAUGGACCCAGGGCUGCAGCAAGCACUCAACCCACUGGCCCCUUCUCAAGACCCAGCCAUGCAUGUGCCCGCAGGCUCCGUCACCAGCCACUUGGGAACCACUAGCCGCGGUUAUUUCUAUUUCACCACGGCCUCACUGGCUCUGUGUCUCCUCUUUGCUGUGGCAACCAUUAUGGUGUUGGUAGUUCAGAAGACGGACUCCAUUCCCCACCCGCCGGGCAAAUUCCACCUUAAAGGAGGGAAUUGUUCAGAGGACAUCUCAUGUAUCCUGGAAAGGGCUCCAUUCAAGAAGUCAUGGGCCUACCUCCAAGUGUCAAAGCAUAUAAACAAAACCAAGUUGUCUUGGAACAAAGAUGGCAUUACCCAUGGAGUCAGAUAUCAGGAUGGGAAUCUGGUGAUCCAGUUCCCAGGUUGGUACUUCAUCAUUUGCCAACUGCAAUUUCUUGUGAAAUGCCCAGAACAUUCUGUCGACCUGAAGCUGGAGCUUCUCAUCAACAAAGAUGUCAAAAAACAGACACUGGUGACAGUGUGUGAGUCUGGAGUGCAAACCAAAAACAUAUACCAGAACCUCUCUCAGUUCUUGCUGGAGCACCUCCAGGUCAAUGCCACCAUAUCAGUCAAGGUGGAUAAAUUCCAGUAUGUGGAUACAAACACCUUUCCUCUUGAGAAUGUGUUGUCCAUCUUCUUAUACAGUAGUUCAGACUGAACCAUCCCUCCUGGCCUUCAGGAAGAAAGCAACUCUCUACCAUACAGCACUUCAUCCUUCCAGACAUUUGGGGAAAAAAGAACACUUUAGGCCAAGACUGAAACCACAAAGGGAAUUAAAUAGUACACUUCUCCUUCUGUUUCCUGGGAAGAUACAAUUCUGGGUUAAAAAGAGAGUUUUGAGUGAAGUAUCUUCCAGAUAGAAGGCAGGGACUCAAUGUGGUGUGGUGAACAAAGCCACACACGGCAAUCAGAAGGGAUGGGUUUAUGCCCAGCCCGAUCACUAACUCACUGUAUGACCUGAGCUAGUCCUUUCCUCUCCCUGGAACUCAGAUUCCACGUCAGAAAAAUCAAGGGGCUGAGUUUGAAUCUCUCCAAAGGCUCUUCCAUCUCAGAAGAUCAG